AUGAGUUUCGCGCCGCCGCCGGCUCCGGCGACGGCACUCCCGUCGGGUGGUCAUGAAAUUGGCAGGACAAACGUAAGUGAGCUCUUGGCACACAGUCAGGGCAUCAUGAGCUGGAGUGGAUGUGGCCGGUACUUGGCAGUGGCGAAGGACACCCGGUUGUGCGUCCGCGACGUCACGAUGAACUUGAGCAUCGUGCAGUUGUUCACGUGUGUGGACCUGAUUUCCGCGAUACAGUGGGCGCCACACAUCGAGACUGACUCCAAUAGCGGGGAUAGCAUGCGGCUGAUCUUUUGCGCCAUGUACAAACGUGCAAUCGUCCAAGUGUUUUCCAUCUUGGAUCCGUCAUGGACAUGCAAGAUUGCGGAAGGCAUUUGCGGCCUCAUUUCCGCCAAAUGGACCCCCGACACGCGGCACAUUAUCACUGUGUCCGACUUCCGCAUCCACGCGACGGUGUGGUCCCUCGUCGACACGUCCAAGUACGUGAUCCGUCACCCCAAACUCGGCGCUGAAGGCUUUGCAUUCUCACCCGACGGCACGUACCUCGCCGUCGCCGAGCGCUCCGAGUGCAAGGAUGCGAUUGGCAUUUAUAACGUCGAGACGUGGGAACUCGCGCGGCACUUCGACACGGCCAGCUACGACAUGGUGGAGCUGGCUUGGUCGAUGGAUGGCCGGGCAAUUGUGGUGCGGGAUACGUUUCUCGAGUAUCGGGUGCUGUUUUACUCGAUCGAGGGCGACCUCUUGCAUCAAUACGAGGCAUACCAGCAUGCAUUGGGUAUCAAGAGCAUGGCGUGGUCUCCGUCGGGCCAGUUCCUCGCAUUGGGAUCAUUCGAUGAGAAAGUUCGGCUCAUGAGCCACAUGCACUGGAAGUGCAUUGCCGAACUGGACCACCCCACGUUCCUUCCGUCCACCAGCGCCAGUUCCAGCGUGACCAUCUAUCGCCAAGACAAACGCUCGAGCGACUGGGUUGUGGAAGCGCCCCCCCACACCGUCACUUACGUGUCCCCAGACCCUUUAAAAGAUGUGCCAAAGGUGGGCGUGGGGGUGCUGGCGUGGAGCCACGACGCAGCGUAUUUGGCGUCCAAGAACGACGCGAUGCCGUUUCACAUUUGGAUUUGGACGACGGACACGAUGGCCUUGCAUGCGCUGUUAGUCAGCAGUGCCCCGAUCAAAACCUUGCGGUGGAACCCGUCCAAGACGUCGCUGUCAUUCGGGUGCGGUCAUUCCAAGGUCUGUUUCUGGACGCCAGACGGACUUACGUGGUAA